CAAAAAUAAAAUCAUUCUGUCAUCAACUUCCUUUAUUAUCGCAUACUCGACUUUCUUUUGUCCUUGACCUGGAAUUCUGAAAAUUUUACAUUUUCAGAAUUUCCAGAUCUCUACUACUCCAAAGUUGCAAUUAUAUGAUUUUAAUUUUGAUUUUGAUUUGAAUUGGGUGGUGUAAUUAAUCGAAAAGAGAUGAGUUUUCAAGAUCUCGAAGCGGGUCGUCGGCCGCUAGCUUCGAGAAGUGAUUUAAUUAAUGUUAAACAACAAGAACCUACUCAGGCCGUCGCUUCUGGAAUCUUCCAGAUUAAUACCGCUGUUUCCUCUUUUCAACGCCUUGUUAAUACCCUUGGUACUCCCAAGGACACCCCUCAACUUCGUGAGAAACUCCACAAGACAAGGUUACAUAUUGGGCAAUUGGUGAAGGAUACUUCUGCAAAGCUCAAACUAGCUAGUGAGACAGAUCAUGAAAGUAAUGUCAGUGCAAGCAAGAAGAUUGCUGAUGCAAAACUUGCAAAAGAUUUUCAAGCAGUUUUGAAAGAGUUCCAAAAGGCUCAACGCAUUGCAGCAGAACGGGAAACAACAUAUGCUCCAUUUGUUCCUCAGGCUGUUCUUCCUUCUAGUUACACAGCUAGUGAGGUUGAUGUGAGUUCAGAAAAGACUCUGGAGCAGCGAGCUCUUCUUGUGGAAGCUAGAAGACAAGAGGUGUUGCUAUUGGACAAUGAGAUAUCUUUCAAUGAAGCUGUUAUUGAAGAAAGAGAGCAGGGAAUACAGGAAAUCCAGCAGCAAAUUGGAGAGGUAAAUGAGAUCUUCAAAGACCUUGCUGUGCUUGUUCAUGAUCAAGGAGCUAUGAUCGAUGAUAUUGGAUCCAAUGUUGAGAAUAGCCAUGCUGCAACUACACAGGCGAGAACCCAUCUAGCAAAGGCAUCAAAGACCCAACGAUCAAAUUCAUCUCUGACGUGUCUGCUCUUGGUGAUAUUUGCUAUCGUUCUCCUCAUCGUUCUUAUAAUCGUCGCGGCAUAAGGAGGGGGCUCUGGAGUUUUCUCUUUUGGUGCGCUGAUAAGGCUUACACUUUGGAAAGACGUAAUGUUUCAUCCUUCCUCCACAUUUCUUAUGUCAUCUAGGCUUUUGGCUGUUGGAGCCAAGGAAAGAAGAUGAGGUCUAGGUUUGUGUUACACUUUCAAAAGCGAAGCUUAAGUGAUUUUGUAUCAUUUCAGGUGGCUCGGCAUAUAUAUGUGAUCCGAGGAGAUGUUCAGCUAUUUCUAGCUGAAUGGGUUGUGAUUGUGUUAUCUCUGUUUUCUGUAAGUUGUGACUUGCUGUCCAACUACAUCUAUCUGUUUAAUGAUCCUCUGUUCAAAUCUUAAUUCUUUGUUAUAAGAAGAAAAAUGUCUUGUUUUUUCUA